AGUCUCUGUUCAACUUGGUAAGACUCUUCAUCGAAGUGGUACCCUUUGGUGUGGGGAUGGUGAUAUAGCACAGAACGAAGAAGAUCUUGGUUUCUUUGCUAGUACUGAUGCUUGUUGUAGAGAUCAUGACAUGUGUUACAGUAAUAUAAAUUCAGGCGAAGAAAAAUACCGCCUUCUAAACAAUGGAAUUUUUACGAGAUCACAUUGUUCAUGCGACUUUGCAUUUUACGAUUGUCUUAAAAAUGCUAAAUCAAUCAUAGCCAAAAAAAUUGGGUUCACUUAUUUCGAUCUUUUGAGUCCACAAUGUUUCAACGAAGAUUAUCCUAUUAUAAAGUGCAACAAGUAUUCUGGUCCUCUACUACAUAAAUGCAUUGACUACAUGCAAGAUAAAACUGAAGAAAAGAAAUAUCAAUGGUUUGAUAAUAAAAAUUUUUAAAUUUAAACUUUAUAUUUUUAAUUAAAAUUAUAAAUAACAAAUAUACUAUAAUAAACAUAGUGUUGCAAUAA